AUAUUUUGAAAACAUUUAUUUUAAUACAACUACCUUAUGGAACCAUAUUUAAAAGAUUAAUUUGCUGUUUAAGGAACUUUUCUAUCAUCUAAUUGCUUUUUAAUUUUAACAGAAGGCACCAUGUACAUUUAUGAAAGUGAAAAAGCUUACAGUAAUGGAGAAAUUCCAACAGAAAUACUCAAUCUAAAAAUGUUCAAAAUAUAAAUUGCUUAAAAAGACGGUAAAGUACUUACUUUAGUUAAUAUAAAAAAUUAAGAAAAAUAAUAUGUCUUUUAUAAUAAUAGAAGAGAAUAAAUAGAUGUAUAUGCAUUAUAAUAUUAUUUAGUGUUGGUACAAUAUGAUAAAAAAAUGGAAAGAAUAAUAUGAAUAAUUCUUAAGGGAUGUUAAUGAACACAAAAUAAAUAUUGUACCUUUCGAGAUGAUGGAUUUAAAAUAUUCUAUUGAUUUAAAAAAUGAUUCACUUGAUUCCGCAUUAAUUUAAUAAUGA